AUGCCACCUAAAGCAAGCGGAAAGGCAGUGAAGAAAGCUGGGAAGGCCCAGAAAAACAUCAGCAAGACCGACAAGAAGAAGAAACGCAAGAGGAAGGAAAGCUAUGCCAUCUACAUCUACAAGGUAUUGAAGCAAGUACAAGUCGAUUGGGCUGAAGUAGCGACUUCCGCAGUGUUGUACUGCAACUCAGCUACGGAAUUGGGAAUACCGAUGCAUCAAAGACAGAAAGAUCAGAGUAGUUCAGACUUCGAGAGAAGCAACAUUACGAUUAGAAAAAGAUCAGUUAAGGGUAACAUAUACAGUGAAGAAUAUUCCGUUACAGAAUAUGAUUGA